AUGGCACCAUUCGGAACUCUUUACUCUUUUAUGCCAAAUGGCAGAGUCUUCAAGAUUCUUGCCGCAGCCAAACUCAACAACCUCGACAUCGAGGUCCCUCCCUACCAACACUUUGUGACUAACAAGUCCACUGAAUUUCUCACAAAGUUCCCAGCUGGCAAAGUUCCAGUUUUCGAGGGCGCUGACGGGUUCUGUCUCGCUGAGUCAGAUGCGAUCGCCAGAUACGUUUCCCAAUCCGGACCUCGUGCUGGUCAACUGCUGGGAGAGGACGCUUUGACAUCAGCGAAGAUUCAACAAUGGAUUUCCUUCUUUGCUGAUGAGGUCUACCCAGCUAUCUUGGAUCUCGUCAUGUGGAGAGUUGGAAUGGGACCCUUUGAUCAAUCAACUGAGACAAAGGCGCUGGCUCAGCUCGAAUACGCGCUUACUGUGUUGGAGAAGCACUUGUCAGCAGCCACUCAACUUGUCGGGAGCCGAUUGACACUUGCUGACCUGACUGGAGUCUCAUCCCUUUUGUGGGGGUUCAUGCAUGUUAUUGAUGGACCCAUGAGGAAGCAAUUCCCAAAUGUCCUGACAUGGUACUUGAGCACGAUCGAGAACGAUGACGUAAAGGACGUCUUUGGAGAGCCUAACUUGAUUGAGAAGAGGCGUCUUGGUGGUGAAUAA